AUGACAGAACUCGUAUCCUUUGUAGGUAAGAAAGUCCACGUUAUAACUACCGAUGCCCGAUUUUUUGAAGGAGUACUAGAAGGAUUCGAUAAAAACACCAAUAUAAUACUCAGCAAUAGCAUCGAACGAAUAAUAUACACAGUGAAAGGUUCAAAUCAAGCUAAUGAAGCAAUACCGAGUGGUGUAAAUAUCAUGAGAGGUAAUGAAAUUGUCUGCAUUGGAGAGAUUGAUGAUGACACCUAUUCCAAAAUCAAUUGGAUGGAUAUGAAAGGAUCUCCACUCAAAACUACAAAAAACCCACUUUAA